GAUAAGAUGGAUCUCUACGUGCAAAGUGGGAAAAGGACGGAUCCGAUUCCCAUGUAAACUUUUAGUCGGCAUAAUGUGAUAUUUGACGCAUUGCUGCAGAUGAUUUCCAAGCUUUUCCAGGGAUUCCAUUUUUUGCUUGUAACUUUGCUGCAUAUCAAUCAAUCAAAUUGCGAAAUGAACAUCAGAUAACAAAAAAAGAAUCGGAACGCUAGGUGGAAAGGGCCCUCCCUCAUUAUCAUUGUCAAUAUUACCACCGACGAGGCUGUUGCCAUCACAUCGAAGAACCGUCCAUCAUUUUCCCCUUUCUAUCCAUCCAUUAAUUUACUCAAGAAUCGAGGGGAACACAUCUCACGCUUGCACGAAUCACCAUUGCCGCCUCUUCCGCAGGGUAUAACUUUCCCCCAUCAAAAUUACCCGUCAUCGAGUACCCAGCCCUCUUGCCAGUAUCCCACUCAUCAAUCAAUUCCCGCCGACUAAGCUUCCUAGCUUCAAAUUCUUCGCGAAAAAGGGCUCCCCCCUUCAUAUGUCUCAGUGGGGCCUGACAACGUGCAACAAUGCCUCCUAGCUGCAUAUGACAUUCCGCCUACCUCAAGUUUCCGCAACAGGCGGCAGAAGUAGAGGAUCGGGUGACUCCUCUGACUGUAAUAUAGAAGGCACAGGUGUCCCCCUUGCUUUUCUUCAGCCCUCCCAGUCAAAUCUUACUGGCAAGCAACCAGUUCUAGCUGAACCACUCCAUGCGAAAGAUCAGAGUUUGAAUCACCAUCGCUAUCAUUCAACGAGACACAACAGAGACGGCGACGACGACGAAGAGGAAGAACUUUAUCCUGAAUCUAAUUCCAACCUUCUUAGACGACAUAGACGAGAUUCCUCAGAGACAGAAGACGAUGCCCCGCGGCACAAUCUAGCAGAUGAGAAUAUAAACCCGCUAAAUAUCUUUGGAAAAAUACAAAGACUCAUGUCCAAGACACCCCUCUUAUUACGUUCCGCGCCCGGCUUCGGCACAGGAUCAUAUGGAGCAGCUCCUGUGGGCGCAUCGUCAGAGAACAGCGAGGAGGAAGAUGAGGUUCACACAAGAAGAGAGAAGAGGAAAAAGAGUUCAUCGGCCCUGAGAAAUCUAAGAAAUUCUAGCAGCGCUGCAACAUUCAAAUCAACCAAAUCAACCAAAUCAAAUUCGCGCCCAUCCUCAUCUGCGAAUGCUGGUUCGACUUCGCGAACGAAAAACCGUACAGGAAGCAACGCACAAAAUGAUGGGUCAGAAGAGGCAGAGCUUGUAGCUUCCCCAAUCAAGAUUCGUAAUGCAGAUUCAGAUUCUAUCACAACAGAGGAAGAUACAGAGGAAGCGCUGCUAGAUGAAGACGAAGAUGACGAGGAGGAAUAUUCUAUCGAUGAUGAAGAUCCACCAGACAAUUCUCCCUACGCCCAAGUUCGCGCUUCAGUAUCUGCCAUCGAUAACACAACUCUGUCAAUAAACACCCCUCGGAUGUGGGCACUUUCUAUGCUUUUCGCUAUACUUGGUUCUUCAACAAAUCUUUUCUUUUCUUUACGAUACCCUAGCGUUUCUAUUACACCAGUUAUCGCCCUUCUACUUGUACACCCGCUUGGAUUAAUGUGGGAUGGAAUCCUCAAACGGCGAGAUGACCCCGAAGAAGAGUUUGUGGAUGGGCAUCGAAGCGCAACUCGGGACUGUGGUGACUCCAGUGGUAAGCCCGCUACUGGCUUACGGCGAUUAAGAUUAUGGUUAGCACAAGGGAAAUGGAAUGAAAAGGAGCACAGCUGCGUCUACAUCAGCAGUAACGUUUCUUUCGGCUUUGCAUUUGCAACAGACGUAAUUGUUGAACAGACUCACUUUUACAACCAGAAAGUCAGUAUCAUGUAUCAGCUGCUCCUUAUUCUUUCCACACAGAUAUUGGGAUAUGCUUUUGCAGGUCUCACUAGGCGUUUCUUGGUUCGACCUGGUGGUAUGUUAUGGCCCGGAACGUUAAUGUCUGCAGCCAUGUUCACAACAUUGCACAAGGAGGAGAACACAAUAGCUAAUGGUUGGAAAAUCACUCGAUGGAAGUUCUUUUUCGUCGUUUGGUUUGGUUCCUUCAUGUUUUACUUCUUACCUGGUUUGUUGAUGCCAGCAUUGAGUUACUUCAGUGUCAUAACUUGGUUUGCACCAAAGAAUGUCAUCGUUGCGAAUCUCUUUGGUGUGGCUUCAGGACUUGGUCUUUUCCCCGUAACCUUCGACUGGGCUCAGAUUGCAUAUAUUGGAUCACCACUACUAACUCCAUUCUGGGCUGCCAUGAAUGUUGUUGGAGGUCUCGUCAUUGUGAUGUGGAUUCUUGCGCCUAUUGCCUACUACAAAAAUAUCUUCUUCUCCUCUUACAUGCCGAUUUUAUCCUCUUCCGUUUUCGAUAAUACUGGAAAGAUAUACGAUGUAAGCAAAAUCUUGACAUCGGAUUUCCUCUUUAAUAAAGAAGCAUACGAGAACUAUAGUCGUGUGUUUUUACCCAUAACCUAUGUUCUCAGCUACGGACUUCAGUUUGCUGCUCUUGCCUCGCUAUUGACACAUACAACAUGUUGGCAUGGUCGAGAUAUUUGGAAACAGUGGAAAAGAUCUUUAAAGGAGGUUGAAGGGGAAACGAAGCCUGCCUAUGAUCCUGUACCUGUAUUAAAUGGAAACGGGCAUAGAAGGGGAGCCUCGGCAAACAGCCACAGGCUGAAUCUUGAAAGAACUCCAUCAUACAUGAAUGAUAUUAUUAGUCAGGAAGAUGUGCACAAUAGGCUUAUGCGAAGGUACAAGGAUGCACCAAUGACUUGGUAUCUGAUUACAUUCGUGUCUAUGCUUGCAGUCGGGAUGUUUGUCGUGGAAUAUUAUCCCGUGCAUCUACCGUGGUACGGCUUACUUCUUGCAUUGGGGAUCUGCACCGUUCUUUUCAUUCCAAUAGGAAUUGUCAUGGCAAUUACGAAUCAACACAGCAGUAUUUAUCUCAUUUGUCAAUUGGUUUGUGGUGCAGUCUUCCCCGGCCGUCCCGUUGCAAACAUGGUGUUCGUCACCUACGGUUACAUCUCCUCUUCUCAGGGAAUAAAGUUCUCAUCCGACUUGAAGCUUGGACAUUACAUGAAAAUCCCUCCCCGUAUUUUAUUUUCCGUUCAAAUGGCAGCCACAAUCGUUUCUUCUAUGACGCAAAUUGGUGUUCUCAAUUGGAUGUUCGCCAAUGUUCCAGGUAUCUGUACUCCUCAGGCUAUCAACGGUUUCGUUUGUCCCCUGGCCCGUGUACACUUCAACGGAAGUAUCCUUUGGGGAGUCGUAGGACCCGGUGAAUUUUUCGGUCCUGACGCUACCUACCGGGCCCUCGUUUGGUGUUUUCCUAUUGGUGCUGUAGCGCCUAUCAUUCUCUGGCUCUACUGCCGCAACAAAAAGAAUAGCAUAGUAAGGAAGAUUAACCUUCCCGUCUUAUUUGGCUCUCUAUCAUGGAUUCCCCCUGCUACAGGACUCAACUUUUCAGUUUGGGCACUAGUAUGCUAUCUUUUCAAUUACGUCAUCAAGAAGAGACAUUCGGCUUGGUGGGCCAAAUACACAAUGACUUUAAGCGCGGCUUUAGAUUCCGGACUUGCGUUUGGAUUAGUAGUGGUGUUUUUUGGAUUCAUCUAUCCGGGAUGGAUGGAUAACUUUAAGUGGUGGGGAACGGAAAUAUAUAAAAAGGGGUGUGAUUGGCAAGCUUGUCCAUAUAAAACAGUACCAGAAGGUACGCAUUUUGGACCGGAUACUUGGUAGAGGGGUUACAGAAGAAGGAGGGGGUAAUAUAGAGGAAUGAUACACGCAUGGUAAACGGUUUAGGGUAGGGAGUGCAUACGCAUAUCGAUAUUGCAUGUCUUGUAGAGAGGAAGAACGGUACAAAAAUAAAGGAGAUGAGUUACGGUGCUUUUUACGAGUAUUGAUGACGACAGUCGAAAUGGUUUGUACUGCAUUUAAAGGCGUUCUUUUUUACUGGCGGCGUUGUAUAUGAUUCGCGAACUUGAGGGACGCUUUCUCUUUGCACUUUCGCUAGACUUGGGAUAUGGCUUUGAGUGGGGUUGUAAGGGAUUGGUCAGGGAAGGGAAUUAAAAGGGGGUUUGGAACUUUAUACCUAUAUACAUAUGCGUUAUCUGUUAGAUGAAUUUGAAGAUUUUUAUUGUUGUAGGUUCUUUUUGGGAGGGGGGGAUGAAAUGUGAAUAUCUUGGAUUAUUUGAAUAUUUUAAAGUAUUUUAUAUCUAAAGCACUUUGAAUACUCUAAUUUGUUUGGAUAUCUCAAAUCAUUUCAAACCAUAAAUUCAUUCGGAAUAUCAAACUA